GUGCAAGGUUUGCAGAGAGGUUGGAUGUAGGGAGUGAGGGAAAGAGGAGGCAAGGAGGACUCCAACGUUUUGGCCUGAGCACCUGGAAGGAGAGUUGCCAUUACCUGAGAUAUGGAAGUGGCAGGUGUCUGGGGCCAGUUAUGUUUGAGAUGCCCAGUGAUCAUCCAAGUGAAGGUGCCAAGAAUGAAGUGCUUGGUACCUAGCGGUUGCUCAAUAAGUAUUUGAUGAAUGAAAGAGGAAGGAAUAUGCAAAGUGCCUGGAUAAGAAUAAUGGGUGGUCCAAGUGUCAGGUAGGGAAGGAGGGUCUCCUGGCUUUGAAAGAGCUGUGUCCUCCACCUGGUUUGCUUUCUCCCACCCAUCCUCCUCGUGGUGCCUAUUCAUCUUCCACUACUGUUUGUGAGCGGCUUACUACGGGCCCUGCUUCAGGGCAUUCUCCCAUUUUUCUUUAAAAAGCCCUCAGCAGGUAUUCACGCCACAGCUAUUUAUUGAGCGUCAUCUACAGUGCACUAUCCUCGCCUUCAGGGAACCCAGCAGAGGUGAAAGGACUAGCUUCACAUGAAGUCGCGGUUGGCUCGUGCCUGCCUCGGGGGCGCGCAGAGCCGGAGCUCGAAGGAGCUUCCAAAGCCCAACAUAUAAAGCUGGUAAAAGCAGAGCAGAUCUGGUCAGGUCCUGAGACGCUGAGUCCAGAGCGAUGUUGCUGAAGACAGUGCUCUUGCUGGCCUUGGUGGCCCAGGUGCUGGUUCUGGAGAAUGGGCUCCUGCGGAGGCCACCCAUGGGCUGGCUGGCCUGGGAACGCUUCCGCUGCAACACUGACUGUAACGAGGACCCAAAGAACUGCAUCAGUGAGCGGCUCUUCAUGGAGAUGGCUGACCGGCUGGCACAGGAUGGAUGGCGGGACCUGGGCUACGUAUACCUUAACAUCGAUGACUGCUGGAUUGGUGGACGUGACGCCAAAGGCAACCUGGUGCCUGAUCCCAAGCGCUUCCCCAACGGCAUGGCCUUCCUGGCAGACUAUGCUCAUUCCCUGGGCCUGAAGCUGGGCAUCUACGGGGACGUGGGCAACUUCACCUGCAUGGGUUACCCAGGCACCACGCUAGACAAGGUGGUCCAGGAUGCUCAAACCUUCGCCAAGUGGAAGGUGGACAUGCUGAAGCUGGAUGGCUGCUUCUCAACCCCCGAGGAACGGGCCGAGGGGUACCCCAAGAUGGCUGCUGCCCUGAAUGCCACAGGCCGCCCCAUCGCCUUCUCCUGCAGUUGGCCAGCCUACGAAGGGGGCCUCCCCCCAAAGGUGAACUACACUCUGCUGGCGGACAUCUGCAACCUCUGGCGCAACUAUGACGACAUCCAGGACUCCUGGAGGAGCGUGCUCUCCAUCCUGGACUGGUUUGUGACCCACCAGGACAUUCUGCAGCCGGUGGCAGGCCCUGGGCACUGGAACGACCCAGACAUGUUGCUCAUUGGGAACUUUGGCCUCAGCUUCGAGCAAGCCCGGGCCCAGAUGGCCCUGUGGACGGUGCUGGCGGCCCCCCUCUUCAUGUCCACGGACCUGCGUACCAUCUCCGCCCAGAACAUGGACAUUCUGCAGAAUCCACUCAUGAUCAAAAUCAACCAGGAUCCCUUAGGCAUCCAAGGACGCAGGAUUCUCAAGGAGAAAUCCCACAUUGAAGUGUACGUGCGGCCCCUGGCCAAUGAGGCCAGCGCCAUAGUCUUCUUCAGCCGCAGGACAGAUAUGCCGUAUCACUACCGGACCUCCCUCGCCCGGCUGAACUUCUCCAGCUCCAAGGUGUAUGAGGCCCAGAACGUCUACACGGGUGACAUCAUCAGUGGCCUCCAGGAUAAAACCAACUUCACAUUGAUCAUCAACCCUUCCGGGGUGGUGAUGUGGUACCUGUAUCCUAUCAGGAAGCUGGGGACGCCCCAGCAGUGAGGAGCUGGGACGUGUGACAGGCUGUGGCAGCACCACUGAGCCCAGACCACGGAGGUUCCACGUGCUGAGGGCCAGUAGGUGGGGUCCUCUGCUACCCAUCAGACCCAAAGUGCAAUCUCAGGGCCAGGUUCUACGCCCUGCACAAGUGUGAACUCUCUUGGAAACUUGCCUUCGGGAGACUUCCUGUGGCCUUUCUGGCCUCUACCUCAUCUGUACAGCCCCACGGAUGUUGCUGAACAACUCAGCCAGCCUCCUCAGCCCCCAUAGGCAGAGGCACCGAUACUUGUCAGGAUUCUAGUCUCUGACCUUCUUUUUACUGACUCUGAAAUCAGGAUUUGGAAUUUUCUUAAAAUUAGGAGUGGAGCUCUGACCUCUUGUCGGGAAGUCCCAUGAAUUAUGUGAUUGACUUUCCUGCCUGGAGAAGGCCUUACAGGCUGACACUGCCUGAGAGUGACCUUGGUUCCUUCGGGUCACCAAUAAAGCUGUUCUUUAGUCAA